GGGCCGGGUACUGGAUGCCCCAUUUUCUUCCCCAACUCCUCCACAUCAAUUCACUCCCCCUUUCAAAACCUCCAUUGAAAUGCUAGAGACUGAACUCAGAGAAUAACAAGGCUUAACAAAUGUCUGCCAUAUUCAGAAUCUACAAAUCAAAACCCCACACUUUCACUUUCAGAACAUCUCUUUUUUCCCUAUCCUCUUCCAAAUUCCAUUCCUCCACUUCUCCUUCUCUCAAACCUAAGCCAAAACCCUCACCUCUAGGGUUUAAAUUCGAAGGUUCUAGAUUAGGGUUAGGGUUAGGGUUUAGGCAUAAAUGGGAGGGAAGUUCCGACAAUUACGAUCACAUAAAAUCAGAGGUUAACUGUCCACGCUGUUCGAAGCAAAUGAAUGUGUUAUUCUCCAACAGGCCGUUAUCGAUAACGGCCGGGGAGACGGGAAUUUACCAGGCGGUGAAUUUGUGUCCUCAUUGCAGGACAGCGUUUUACUUCAGGCCGUUUAAAUUGGAGCCUUUACAAGGGACUUUUAUUGAGAUUGGUAGGGUUAAAGGAGGUGAAAAAGAGAGUGAUGAUGAAGGGAGUUGUGGGAAAAGUGAUGGUAAGAUUUGGGAAAAGUUGAGGUCUUAUAGUGGUGGGACCAGUGGUGGUAGUGAUGAUGGUGGGCAAGGUAGUUCUGAAACCGAAACGAAGGAUUCGGAGGCGAAAAUGGAAGAGUUACUUACACCAAAGGAGAUAUGUAAAGGGCUUGAUCAGUUUGUUAUUGGGCAAGAGAGAGCCAAGAAGGUGCUUUCUGUCGCAGUUUACAACCAUUAUAAACGAAUUUACCAUUCCUCUUUGAAUAAAAAGUCAGAUUCAGAUUCUGGUGAAGGCAGAGAUGAGCUGGAAAAUAUUGAUAAUGAUUCAGUCGAGUUAGAGAAGAGCAAUGUUUUAUUGAUGGGCCCCACUGGCUCAGGGAAAACAUUACUUGCGAAGACGCUAGCUCGUCUCAUCAAUGUUCCUUUUGUAAUUGCAGAUGCAACAUCUUUAACACAGGCUGGUUAUGUUGGCGAGGAUGUGGAAUCUGUAUUGUACAAAUUACUCGAGGCUGCUGACUUCGAUGUCGAAACAGCUCAACGAGGGGUUGUCUACAUAGAUGAAGUUGAUAAAAUAACCAAAAAGGCUGAGAGCCUGAACAUUGGCAGAGAUGUAUCGGGGGAGGGCGUCCAACAGGCGCUACUGAAGAUGCUUGAAGGAACUAUUGUAAGUGUACCUGACAAUAGAGCACGGAAACAUCCACGUGGCGAUACUAUUCAGAUAGAUACUAAAGAUAUCCUUUUUAUCUGUGGUGGAGCUUUUGUUGGUUUAGAGAAGACAAUUUCAGAAAGACGACAGGAUUCUUCGAUUGGAUUUGGAGCACCUGUUCGAACUAACAUGAGAGUUGGUGGUCUAACUGAUGCUGUAGUCACAUCAUCACUGUUGGAAUCUGUAGAAAGUGAUGAUCUCACUGCAUAUGGACUCAUACCUGAAUUUGUGGGGCGGUUUCCAGUUUUAGUGAGUUUAUCUUCACUGGAUGAGGAUCAGCUUGUUCAGGUUCUCACAGAACCCAAAAAUGCUCUUUGCAAGCAAUACAAGCAAAUGUUCAACUUGAAUAAUGUCAAAUUACAGUUUACCGAGAAGGCACUUCGACUUAUUGCUGAGAAAGCCAUUGCCAAAAACACUGGUGCACGAGGCUUAAGAUCUAUACUAGAAAGUAUUCUGACUGAAGCCAUGUAUGAGGUUCCUGACAGCAAGCCAGGUGGGGACUCUGUAGAGGUUGUCUUGGUUGAUGAAGAGGCUGUCGGAACAGCUGAUACAGCUGGAUGUGGAGCAAAAGUUCUUCGUGGUAGCAGUGGGCUGGAGAAUCUUUCCUGUCCUACUGGAUCAACAAUGACAAUGGAAAAGAAGGAAGCUACAAAAGAAGACUUGGACUCGGAGUCUGAGGCACUGGCAAGAGCCUUGAGCUUGUAAUUUUAAUCGUCUGUUUCUUCAGUUUUCGUUUGCAUGAUUCUUGUAUAUAAAGUAAUUAUCAAACGUGCAAAGCUAGUUGGGGUUCCUUGUUCUUAAAAAAAGGCUUUUUGUAAACCCAGAUUUUUCUAAUCUCCGAUUGAGUUUAUAUAAGUUCCACAGCCUCUUCCCCUGGA